CUGCUCAGACCAACGACCCACCAUUAAUGUGACCUCUUAAAAGUUAAGACCUUUCUUGCUUCAGGCUGAGUCAAAGAGAGUGGGUGUCUCUUUCUUGUAUCAGUGGGCUUGAGUUCGUGUUUGGAGAUUUAAAAGAAAAGGGAAGAGUGAGUUUUGGGUUGGUGUUAAAAUGGGAGGAGAAGGGAGAUCGCUGGCUGAGACCCCAACAUAUUUGGUGGCGACCGUGGUCAGCGUCUUGGUUGCUCUGGGUUACUUCUUUCACGGCUCUCUGAAGAGGGUUGGAAAGUGGUUAGACAAGACUAAGAGGAAAUCUCUCUUUGCUGCUCUGGAGAAGAUUAAAGAAGAGCUUAUGCUUUUCGGGCUCCUGUCUCUGCUGAUGGGUCAUUGGAUAAAAUUUGUGGCAAAAAUCUGCAUCAAAUCCUCGGCCUUAAGCAGCCGGUUUUAUCCAUGUGCAAGAGAAGGUGACUUUAGAACCGGGGACCACAUUCUCUUUCCAAAUUCAGUUUAUCCGAAUAUCUCGAAGGAGCAGGUGAUUGCUGGGGAGCAUCAUUUCUGUCCUGAGGGUCAUGAAUCUUUUGCUUCAUACGAAAGUCUUGAGCAGCUUCACCGUUUCUUGUUUGUCCUGGCAACUGUCCAUGUUUCUUACAGCUUUGCAGCAAUUGCGCUUGCUAUGAUUAAGAUAUAUAGCUGGAAAAUAUGGGAAAACCAAGCAAAGACAAUGUCCAUCCAGAGAUUAGAAGGAGAAGCUUCCAAAGAUAUUAAAUUGAUGCGGCUAUCUACUUUCAUUAUUCACCACACAUCACAUCCAUGGAGCCAACACAAGCUUCUGGUUUGGCUGCUUUGCUUUAGUCGUCAAUUCUGGAGUUCGAUAAACCGGCCUGACUACAUGGCAUUGCGCUUGGGCUUCAUCACGACUCACGAACUCCCUCUAUCAUAUGACUUCCAUAAUUAUAUGCUCCGUAGCAUGGAGGAAGAAUUUCGAGAUAUUGCUGGGAUUAGCGUGCCUCUCUGGAUAUAUGCCAUUUUCUGCAUAUUCCUGGACUUCCAUGGAAGCAACAUCUAUUUUUGGAUUUCCUUCCUUCCAUCAAUUUUGAUCCUGCUGAUUGGUACCAAGCUUCACCAUGUCGUUGUGAAGUUGGCUGUUGAAAUCAUGGAUUCAUGUCCCCUGAAGGAAAAUCAUCAAUUUAAACUGAGGGAUGGGCUCUUCUGGUUUGGGAAGCCGCGGCUUCUUUUAUGGUUGAUACAGUUCAUAUCUUUUCAGAAUGCGUUUGAGAUGACAACUUUUAUCUGGUCCCUGUGGGAGAUAAGGGACACCACUUGUUUCAUGAAUAAUCGCAGCUUGCUGGUGAUCCGAUUAUCAUUCGGGUGGGGUUGUGUCUCAGUUCUGGUGUCUCAGUUCUGGUGUAGCUUCAUUACUUUCCCUCUAUAUGUCAUUGUUACACAGAUGGGUUCCAAAUUUAAGAAAUCGGUGAUCCCCGAAAGCGUGAGGACAUCGCUGCAUGGAUGGCGGAGGAGGGCCAAGGCCAAGCAAGGCUCAUCCACUCCUCUCCAUAGCGUGACCUCAGUCACAUCCCUGGAUUCCUUGGCGGAUGACAUGGACAAAUUUGAUGGCCUAGGCCACCACCAGAUCGGCAUCGAAGGAAGCUCUCUGGAUGCAGAAGAUACGUCGUUUUCACAUCAUGACGAGUCGGAGGAACAGAGUUUCAAGCCGGCCCUUAAAAAUGACGACACCCCAAGUCGACUUCAUUCAGGUCCUAUUUUCGACAUCUAUAGCAGUGAUGAGGACCGUGAUCUCGACAUACACAACGAUGCGAACGACGGGUCAUGCACACUUCCACCAUCCCAACAAUCUGAUAGUCAUUGUUAACAAUGAAUCUACAAAGGAGCAAAGAUUGCCACGAGGCAACACUGGAGCACAUCUUCAUGUUCACUGUGUACUCCAUGCAUGCUCAUAAUGUUCGGACACAUGCUGCGAGAUCACUUCAACACGCGAUGCCGAGAGGAUCGUACCGUGAAUAUAAUCUGUAGCUGCAUUGCUCGAACUGCUCUAGAUGGUGUUUGCUCGAGGUGUGAAAUCUAGCCAAAUUUGCAGCAUUCAUUAGCUAAUGUGGAAAAUUGUUUACCCGACCAAA